AUGCAGCUACCAAAGAUGUUCAAGAGAGGAAAGGGAGAGAAGGUUGCCACUCAACGCAGCCAGGUCCCCACCAAACCGCCAAAGAUCAUCUUUCAUCUUAUACGCCAUGCUCAAGCGGACCAUGACGACAUGAGCAAUGACAUGACCGAAGAGGAGCGCUUGUCUUUGGAUGACCCGGAGCUCACAAAGACUGGUAAACUUCAAGCAGCAAAUCUUGGUAAAAGCUUUUCCAGAACACCACUUCUUACACAUAUCGUCUGCUCUCCGUCUCGCCGCUCGAUUCAGACAGCGAUCUAUGCCUUUGGCACAGCGGGUCAUGAAAUCGUCGUCGCUCCCGACUUCAAAGAAUUUACCUCUUUCAAUUGCGACCAACCAUUGCCGUUCGAUAUUAUCGAGAAGCAGUUCAGAAAGCAUGGUCUCGACUGGACUGUUAUCAGCAAAUAUCCUAAUUACUGGCGAUCCAGCUUUCGAGAUGGCACCAAUAUCAAUCUCGAACAGCAGGCCGAGUUUUGCCGAGAUCGGCUUUAUGUCUCCUGCAAGCAAUUCCUUGAGCAUGAAACAAACGAAGAGGGUAAUUGCGAAAUCGCUAUUAUUGGACAUGUCGUGUCACUGAACUGUUUGAUGGGCAAUCUUACGUAUGCACAACGCAAGGCUAGACCAUGGGAGCAUACCGAGUACCGUACCUUCGAAUUCAUCCCCGACGAUCUUCUCGCCAACUUCAGAAUCAAACCUCACAAUGCUUACGAAGAGAUCGUACACAAUGGGAAAGCUCAUCUUCAAGCUUUCACUCCCGCUACAUCGAAGCCGCCGAAGGAAUAUCAGGGUGGACUCAAGGAGGGUGUUUCCGGACCAGAACUCCCAGGCUUUGCAAUCCGGCCAGCUCACCCGAUUCCUCGCCAACAUCCACGCUACGAGGGUAAUUGCAAGAGCCUGGCUGUAUCAUUCAAGGGUCAAAGGGUUCUAAUUACUUCUGCAGAAGUGGCUGAUACCUUGGGGGUUAGUUCUGGAUUUGGACGUGAGGGAGGGAAUGUUGUGUUUGGUUUUGACCAAGGUGCCUUUCCUGUAGUUGAUACUCCUGCUCCGACUGCUGUUCAAGUUCGUCCGAGAAGUGCUCUGAUUCAUAUGGCACAUAAUGCAGACCGGGAUGGUUGGAAGACUGGUGUGGUUACGGGCAUGACAGAGGCUGAGGAGGAGGCUGCGGCCGGCGAUUUGUCAGACUGA